AUGUCAGCCGCAACUACCGGCUCAGCUACCACGACCAUGGUGGCAACUAAAGCUCCCGUCAAGCGAUUCGAGCUCCCGGCGCUUGAUUUCAACUUUGCCUCGCUGACAGAGGGCACCGACAUCCCGCCGCCACUGCCGUCGCCAGUCGAAGAAGCACCACCAAAGGUUGUCAAGGCACCGAAGGUGGCCGUGGCCGUCAAGCCCAAGCCAAAGGCAGCAGAGCCGCCGAAGAACAACACGAAUGGCGUGAAUGGAGUGAACACCAGCAGUAAGAUCAAUGGAGCCAUGAACGGCGCCACCUCCACCACAUGCACCACUGCAGGCCAACUGCCCACCCACUAUCGCCCCAGCACCAACGGGAGCCUGAACCGCCGUGUCGAUAGAGUCCCUGCGUCUCCCACGCUGUCUGCACACGCUGGAAGUAUCCGGCGUCUCUUCAGCCGGAAUCUCAUGAACGCCGCAUAUGCUAACGCUGAAGCUGAAGGCCUGAAAAACACACCUAACAGCAUUGACAUACACCACAGCGUCGCCCGCCCGAACAGUCGAAACACCACAGGCGCGAUAGACGAGCGCAAAUCAAAGCGCUCGAGCGGCUGGUUCCGCCGGUUACGAGGCGGCGGUCUCACCAGCUCCAGCGAUAGCAUCAACGGAGACUACGCCGUGUCGAAGCGUGCCAGCAUGGUGUUGGAGGAGGCGCCAAAGCCAGCAAAGCCGGCAAAGUCGCCCAGCCCGCCACCGCCGAUGAUUCCAGAGCUCGCAAAGCUGAAGGCCAAAGUUGAGGUCGACGAUGACGGCAGUCUCGGCAGCGACCUGUUUAAAAACAUCAAGUAG